GCCGCCGCUUUAGUUGAGGACGCGACGAUGCGCGCCGCGCCGCCCGUGGCGUCGCGCGUCGUCGCGGCUUCGGCGUUAGGCGGUGCUGCGGGCGGCGACAUGCCUCCCGAGACGCCCCGCGCCGAUAUCCUAGACGGGGCCCGCGCGCUCGACGCUUUAGAUGAUCCGGCGGCGGACGCCUCGGCCGACACGUUGCGCUCGCUGCCGUCGCCCGGAGUCCAGGCGCUCGCUGCUUCGGACGCCUCGGCGUCUUCUCAGCGCGACGCGCCCGUCGCUUCGUUAGAUGGGCCUUCCCUGACGCGCGGAGCGCCUGAAUCGGCGGCCUUCGGCGGCUCGGACGCGCCCAUGCCUUCGCUGCGACGGGACGGCGACGAUGAUGAUGAUGACGACGACGACUACCUCACUGCGGCGGUGCGCAAAGCCGAGGCGGAGCCCGAGACUCCAGAGGCUCGGGAGGCCCUGAACGAUCUACCUCCGGGGAAGACGCCUUCGAGCUGCCUCGGGUCGCUGUUACAGCGCAUCGGUUUAUUUGCGGUCGACGAGGACACGUGCACGGUCGACGGGGGUUCUCUGAUCGACGAUUUGGAGGAGUUAGACCAGGAGAAGCGGGACGAGCGAGGGACUGGCGGCGGCACUCACAAGUUUUACAUCUACAAGAUCCUCUUGUUCGCGGCGCAGAUGGCUCUCAUCUUCGGGGAGGUCUGCUUCGCGAAGGGCGUCAGCAUUUUCCGGUGCGUCUUCGGCCGCUACGCCCUAGCAAGGAUCUUCUGGGUGGGCAGAAAGACGAUGCUGGACGCGAUGAAGAUGAAAUUGCCGCUGCUCUGGGUUCCUUUGGAGAUACGCCCCGAGGACCUGCACCUGCUGCCGUCGUGGGUCCGCGCCGUGUUCCCGCGGGGCCUGCGCUUCGAGUCGGCCGCGGUGAUCAAGGAGCUCCUCCAGCGGUCGAACGGCUUGUUCUUCGACUGCAAGAGCUGGCUCUGGAACGCCACCUGCGCCGGCCUCGUCGGCACCACCGCCGUGGUCCCGGCGUUCGCGCUCACCGUGGCCGGCGUCGACCCCGGCUCCCUCGUCGCGUCGCGCGGCGCGUCGCGCUCGCGGGCGCUCGUCCCGUCUUCGGCGGCGGGCGGCUCUACUGAUGCGGUGUCGUCACUCUUUUCGGCGGGCGUCAACUACGUGGACAUCAACUUCUCGUACCCGGAGUCGGUGCAGCGCGGCACGGCGCUCGUGUCAUCGCAGCUCGGGUCCCCUCCGCUCGCGGUGUCGGUGCCUUACUUCUACAUCCGCUUCCACAAGCCGAACACUUCGAAGCUCACGGAGUGGUUCCUCGUCGACGACUUCGCUACGGUUAUGCCGGAGCUCAAUCGCACUUCCUGGAACCCCGUGCCCGACUGGGUCUUCGAGUCCAAGACGCUGCGCGCGCUCGCGGCCGGCGCGGCCCUGAUCUUCCGCGGGAUGGACAUCCGCGACGUCGCGACGUCGCCUUUUUCGCUCCUGGAGGUCUUCGAUCCGACGAUCGAGUGCCGACACAACUACACCUACACGAUCUGGGCCGGCGUCGACUUCGUCAUCUUGCUGCCGGACGGCCGCGUGCUCGACAAGCGCCUCUUCCUCCUCGAGCUCCUCAAGGCGCACGCCGCCUGA